AUGCUCAAGGACAUAAAUGAAGAAGCGUUGGAGAAGAUUGGCGCAGCAGAAGGAAUCGAGCAUUUGAGUGCCGGAACAUUCACUACUCCCGCGUUCCCAGUCAAGGGCACGUUGGAAGCCUUCUUUGGUGCAGGAAAUGUGUCAGAGAGUGGUUACUACUCGAUGGCAAUCCAGGACCCAAACUACCGCUUUGAUUGUCGAGUCUCCAAAAGCUUUGUCAGCAGGAGGCCUCAGAAAGCGCCGGAAACGAAGACAACUCCACUUCGUCGAUCGAAGCGGGCAGCAGGAAAAGCA